GUCCGCUGCAGCUCCUGUAGCAGCAGCAGGAGGAGAAGGAGCAGCGGGAGCGCGCACUGCACCUCCUCGCUGUUUACCACCGCCUGCUCCGCCGCGGCUUCACCUGCUUCGUUUUAGGGGGAAAACACGCACUCAUCAGCGGGGAGGUUCGCCGUAGCCGCCGCCGCCGCCGCCACCAUCUCUGCUCCGGGUCUUCCGCACCAUGGGCAACGCAGCCACCGCCAAGAAGGGCAACGAGCUGGAGAGCGAGACCUUCGUCAAAGAGUUUCUAGCCAAAGCCAAAGAAGAUUUCUUACGGAAAUGGGAAUGUCCGCCACAGAGCACCACGUGCCUCGACGACUUCGAGCGGCUAAAGACGCUGGGAACCGGCUCCUUCGGCCGAGUCAUGCUGGUCAAACACAAAGCCACAGAGCAGUACUUCGCCAUGAAGAUCCUGGACAAGCAGAAGGUGGUGAAGCUCAAACAGAUCGAACACACGCUAAACGAGAAGCGGAUAUUACAGGCGGUCAGCUUCCCCUUCCUCGUCAGACUGGAGUACUCCUUCAAGGACAACUCCAACCUCUACAUGGUGAUGGAGUACGUUCCCGGAGGAGAGAUGUUCUCACACCUGCGGCGGAUCGGCAGGUUCAGUGAACCUCACGCCCGCUUCUACGCCGCUCAGAUCGUCCUGACCUUCGAAUACCUCCACUCCUUAGAUCUGAUCUACAGAGACCUGAAGCCGGAGAACCUGCUGAUCGAUCACCACGGAUACAUUCAGGUGACAGAUUUUGGAUUUGCUAAGCGGGUCAAAGGUCGGACCUGGACGCUGUGCGGGACGCCAGAGUACCUGGCUCCAGAAAUCAUCCUCAGCAAAGGCUAUAACAAGGCGGUGGACUGGUGGGCUCUGGGCGUCCUCAUCUACGAGAUGGCAGCAGGUUACCCCCCCUUCUUCGCCGAUCAGCCCAUCCAGAUCUACGAGAAGAUCGUGUCGGGGAAGGUUCGAUUCCCGUCGCACUUCAGCUCGGACCUGAAGGACCUGCUGAGGAACCUGCUGCAGGUGGAUCUGACCAAACGCUACGGCAACCUGAAGAACGGCGUCAACGACAUCAAGGGACACAAGUGGUUCGCCACCACCGACUGGAUCGCCAUCUACGAGAGGAAGGUGGAGGCUCCGUUCAUACCAAAGUGCAGAGGCCCCGGAGACACCAGCAACUUCGACGACUACGAGGAGGAGGAGAUCCGCGUGUCCGUGACCGAGAAAUGCGCCAAGGAGUUCGCCGAGUUUUAGGCCACGCCCACACGGAUAUAUCAGGGAAACCAAGGGGAUGUUUGCACUCUUCUAAAGACUCGGGACGGAGCGGAGACCAUCUGUUUUCUUCAGAGGUGGUCCUCUCACUGUCACACACACACAUACACACACACACACAC